UCUGUUAGUACCUCGGAGAGCGGCCGGCGCAGGGAAGGAGGGGAGGGAGGGUCUGACAGACUGACCAGACCCCGAAGCAGCCGACGGAGGGGGGGUAUAGUCGGGACCGCACCGGACGCUCCCUACCCCCCUCCCUUUUUGGACACCCCUUUCCCCUUCCCCCGGACCCUCGGGCUAGGCAGCGUCGUCUGAGGAAGUAUCUAAAAAUGAAGAAGUUUAAUUUCCGCAAAGUUUUGGAUGGUUUAACUGCCUCAUCCCCUGGCAGUGGCAGCAGCAGUAGUGGUAACAGUGGCAGCGGGACUGGAGGUGGCUCCAUCCAGCCUGGAGGGACUGCAGGGAUUCUCAGAGAAGAGAUACAGGAAACCCUAACUUCGGACUACUUCCAAAUUUGCAAGACAGUCCGGCAUGGGUUUCCUUACCAGCCCACAGCUUUAGCCUUCGAUCCAGUCCAGAAAAUUUUGGCUAUUGGGACAAGAACAGGUGCUAUAAGAAUAUUGGGCAGGCCCGGUGUUGAUUGUUAUUGCCAACAUGAAAGUGGUGCAGCAGUACUGCAACUUCAGUUUUUAAUAAAUGAGGGUGCUUUGGUCAGUGCAAGUUCAGAUGAAACACUUCAUUUAUGGAACCUUAGGCAAAAACGGCCAGCCAUUCUACAUUCUCUUAAAUUUAACCGAGAACGAUCCACAAAGACCCACCCAGGUCCAGUUGUACAUUUAAGUGAUAGUCCAAGGGAUGAAGGGAAACUCUUAAUAGGUUAUGAAAAUGGAACUGUGGUGCUCUGGGACUUGAAAUCAAAAAGAGCAGAACUGAGAGUUUAUUAUGAUGAGGCUAUUCAUUCAAUUGAUUGGCAUCAUGAGGGCAAACAGUUCAUGUGCAGCCAUUCAGAUGGCAGCUUGACUCUGUGGAACCUGAAAAGUCCAAGCCGUCCCUUCCAGACCACAAUUCCACAUGGAAAAAGUCAGAGAGAUGGAAGAAAGCCUGAGUCUUGUAAACCAAUUCUUAAAGUUGAGUACAAGACCUGUAGGAACAGUGAACCAUUUAUAAUCUUUUCUGGUGGACUGGCCUAUGACAAAGCUUGUAGAAGACCAAGUUUGACCAUCAUGCAUGGAAAAUCAAUCACAGUUCUCGAAAUGGAUCACCCUAUUGUUGAGUUUCUAACUCUCUGUGAAACACCCUAUCCAAAUGAAUUUCAAGAACCUUAUGCUGUAGUAGUGCUUCUGGAGAAAGAUCUAAUUGUAGUUGACCUGACACAAAGCAAUUUUCCGAUCUUUGAAAAUCCUUAUCCCAUGGACAUUCAUGAAUCACCAGUUACCUGCACAGCGUAUUUUGCUGACUGUCCUCCGGAUUUGAUUCUAGUACUCUAUUCAAUAGGAGUUAAGCAUAAAAAGCAAGGAUACAGCAAUAAGGAGUGGCCAAUCAGUGGAGGGACCUGGAACAUUGGGGCACAGACAUAUCCAGAAAUUAUUAUUACAGGUCAUGCAGAUGGAUCAAUAAAGUUUUGGGAUGCUUCUGCAAUAACUCUACAGAUGCUAUACAAGUUAAAAACAUCAAAAGUUUUUGAAAAACAGAAGAUAGGAGAUGGAAAACAAACAUCUGAAAUUGUAGAGGAGGAUCCUUAUGCUGUCCAAAUGAUUUAUUGGUGUCCAGAGAGCAGAAUAUUCUGUGUAGCAGGAGUCUCUGCAUAUGUCAUUGUUUACAAAUUCAGCAGGCAUGAAAUUACUACUGAAAUAGUGUCAUUAGAGGUACGACUUCAAUAUGAUGUUGAAGAUAUCAUUACUCCUGAACCAGAAACAAUUCCUCCGUUUCCAGAUCCCUCUUCCCAGCUUCCUUCUUCGAAGAGUCUUUCAGGGAGUACCAACACUGUAGCUAGUGAAGGAGUGACAAAGGACAGUAUCCCUUGCCUCAGUGUUAAGACACGACCUGUUCGGAUGCCUCCAGGUUAUCAAGCAGAACUUGUUGUUCAAUUGGUGUGGGUAGAUGGUGAACCUCCACAACAGAUCACUAGUCUCACUGCAAGCUCUGCUUAUGGCAUUGUUGCAUUUGGGAACUGCAAUGGAUUGGCUAUUGUGGAUUUUAUGCAGAAAACAGUGUUGCUGAGCAUGGGAACCAUUGACCUAUACAGAUCAAGUGAUCCAUACCAAAGACAGCCAAGAUCUCCUCGAAAGAACAAACAGUUCAUUGCAGACAACUUUUGCAUGCGUGGCCUGUCUAACUUUUAUCCUGAUUUAACGAAACGGAUCCGUACUUCCUAUCAGAGUAUGACUGAGCUCACUGAUAGUCCUGUUCCUUUGGAGCUUGAGCGCUGCAAGUCUCCCACUUCAGAUCAUGUAAAUGGACACUGCACCAGCCCUACUUCUCAGAGUUGCAGUUCUGGAAAACGUCUUUCUAGUGCUGAUGUUUCAAAAGUAAAUCGCUGGGGUCCUGGACGACCACCAUUCCGAAAGGCACAGUCGGCUGCUUGCAUGGAAGUUUCUCUACCAGUCACAACAGAAGAAAGCCGAGAAAACUCCUAUAAUCGUUCUAGAAGUUCUAGUAUCUCCAGCAUUGACAAAGACUCUAAGGAAGCAAUUACAGCUUUAUACUUCAUGGAAUCCUUUGCACGGAAAAAUGACAUGACAAUCUCCCCAUGUCUAUGGGUUGGAACUAGUCUGGGUAUGGUGUUAAUGAUCUCCUUUAACCUGCCUUCAACAGAUGAACAAAGAUAUACAGAGCCAGUCCUGGUAUCUCCAAGUGGUACAUUACUGACACUAAAAGGAGCUGUUCUAACAUUUUCCUGUAUGGACCGUCUGGGGGGAUUAAUGCAUCCACCAUAUGAAGUUUGGCGGGACCCAAACAGUCUGGAUGAUAAUGAAAAAGGAAAAAAAAGGAAACUUGUAAUGAAUUCCCCACCAUCUUCCCAGGAAAUGGGAGAUCAUCAAUACGCAGUUGUCUGCUCAGAAAAACAAGCCAAAGUCUUCUCAUUGCCUUCCCAGACUUGCCUUUAUGUUCAUAACAUCACGGAGACAUCCUUCAUAUUGCAAGCAGCUGUGGUAGUCAUGUGUAACAGUGCCUGUCUGGCCUGCUUUUGUGCCAAUGGCCACAUCAUGAUAAUGAGCCUACCUAGUCUCCGCCCAAUGUUGGAUGUUAAUUAUCUGCCUCUAACAGAUAUGAGGAUAGCACGGACAUUUUGUUUUACCAAUGAAGGCCAAGCACUAUAUCUCGUCUCUCCCACUGAAAUACAGCGGUUGACCUACAGUCAAGAAAUGUGCGACAAUCUACAGGACAUGCUAGGAGAAUUAUUUACUCCAGUAGAAACACCUGAAGCUCAGAACAGAGGCUUCCUCAAGGGACUGUUUGGUGGAAGUGGACAAACAUUUGACAGAGAAGAGUUAUUUGGGGAGGCUUCGGCUGGAAAGGCGUCCAAGAGCCUCGCCCAGCAUAUCCCCGGGUCGGGGGGGAUCGAAGGAGUCAAAGGAGCCGCCGGAGGGGUGAUGGGAGAGCUGACGCGCGCGCGGAUCGCCCUGGACGAGCGGGGACAGCGGCUGGGCGAGCUCGAGGAGAAGACUGCCGGCAUGAUGACCAGCGCGGAGGCCUUCUCCAAACACGCGCACGAGUUGAUGCUGAAAUAUAAGGAUAAGAAAUGGUACCAGUUUUAAGGCUGCUACAGAGACUGCAACAGCACUAAGAAAUCAUCCUUCAGGGAAAUAAUUUAUUCCCAGCAUCACCAUUCAACUGCUAGAAGCCACAGUUUCUUCUGUGAAAUGUUUCACAGUGAUUCAUCUGAGGUUACCACAAGGGAGACUUAAACAGGGGAGGUUGUCAAUCCAAAGACUGGACCCCCAACUUAGAUUGGUCUUCUAGUGUCCAUUCCAAGAUUCUGUUGUAAACUCGCCUUCUCCCAAGUGGAAUGGAGCUGUCAUCUCGGCAUGUAGUUUUUUUGAGGCAUUCUGUGUAAGAACCACGGGGAGUCUUUCUGGCUAAAAAUAUCCUGUACAAACUAAAACAUUAAUGCACUUAAUAAAAAAAACAAAAACCUUUGCAUGAUAAAUUAACAUCUUAUGAGGAAAAGAAAAAAAAGCAUGUUGUGACAGAAGAAAAAAAAAAGAUUUAUGGUAAGCAAAGCAAACUAGUAAAGAUCAGCCCAAUUCUACAAUUAAAAAAAAAAAAAUCUGCAUUAGAAGAUGCCCAUGCAUUUCAAGUCUAUUUGCUAUAGGGGUCAACUAAGGGGAAAAAACCACCAGACUUCCUUUCUCAUCUGUAACUUAUAUUUUUCAUGGAACUUAUGACAUUAUUGACAUUUUAUGGGCAAGAGUCUGGUUAACAUUCUAUUCACUCCAUAAAGCCUUUGCAUUCAGAGUUCUUGAGUUGUAACAUCCAGCCAUUGUCCAGUGCAGGAAAUAAUCCCCUACUAAAACUCAUUUGUUUUCUCAGGAUGAGCAGUGAGUUUUCAGUAGGAAAUUAAUAAAGGGAGCCGUAUUGUUUUAAAAGCCUGGAUUGUAAAUUCUGCUGGGAACCAGUGGUGGUUUUGGAGAACAAGCCUGGGCUAUCUUACCACUCUACUAGCUUUAGAAGGUCAGCAAGUGAAAACUUGUCCAGCAGUUGUUUCAUGUGUAAAAUAUUCUGUGUCCUGGUACCUGUUUCCUUGUGACAAAUAAAACCCAGGAGGCCCUUUGUCCUUAAUAGCUCUUGACCACCCCAAAUGCCAUUUUUCAAAGAUCUAACCAAUCUGUUUUGUGGGAUUCAGUAAAACACUGAUUAACCAGAGUAUUUGAGGAAUGGGAUGGAUAUCCUGGUUUAUCCAAUCUUCCAGCUGAAGCUUUGACCAAAAAAAAUCCUUUGUUUCAAUACUUGUGGUUGAAAAGCGCUUGCUAGUAGGUGAUACUGAACAAAGGUAAGACUGAGGACCUUGUAAGCCAUGCUCUAGAGGAGAGAGUCCCAAAAUCUGUAUUUAAAGACCAGCUUUACUUCUUUAUAACUUAUGACUCAUUUUCUCUCUGCAUCCCAGUUUCCUCAUCUAUCAGAAGCAUAGAUUGGACUAGAUGAACUAAAAGGCUUCAUCCAGAAUUCAUAAUCAAACCUGUUAAAUAUCUCAGGGUCAUCUUUUGAACCAUCAGCAAUCAUUACAGAAUGUCAGAGCAAGAAGGGGCUCCAGAGGUCAUCAAAUUCAGGUCUGGAAGCUUGGUUUCAAAGGAGGGAAGCGACCCAAAAUCAGUUAACCUCAUUUUAGACUAGUCUUGAACCUAUAAAGACCAAAACCUAUUCCAACCCCCAAAAGAGAUGUCUUUGAAAGAAAAAAAAAAAAUACUAAGGUUAUGUACACAGGAAAAUAAGAUCAGUGAUAGGCCUCAUUUAGUUUAUGCAAGAUAGGUGGGAAAAAAUAAUGAAAUCUAUAUUCAUACCAAUCUUGAGAGUUAAUGGCAGAUCCAGCUGCCUGUAUAAUGGAUUGAGUCUGUUUUAACCUCCAGAAAAUGGCUUAUUUUUUUAAACUAAAUCCUCACUCUCCAUCAGUUUGCUUGUGAUUUUUUCCCCUCUCCUAAAAGUGGAAUGCAAUUUCUAAAAUGCUAAUUAAUUAAGGGACUGCCUUAGUUGUGAGUCUGGUUAAUCAAGGUUUUAUUGUGUUUGCAAAAACAGAAUUACCAUUUCUUCUUAAGAAUUAAUUCUUUUUUUCUAACGCUUAGUCAUUUUCACAGCCAGAAAGUGAGAUUUCAAAUUAGUUUCUUAGUGGGGAUGCCCCAUGAAUUCCUAUGCAACAGAGUUUCUACAAACGCUGUAAAAUUUGUCAAGGAUUGAGAUGUUUGAAGGAGGCAGUAAUUUCAGGUCAUAUUAUUUGCCUCUAUCCUGAAAUGUUUCCUGAUUUUUAAGGUGGGCACUCCUUAGAACCUCCCCAAACCAAUGAACUGCCUUGAUGGGACAGAUCAGGGGACGACAUACAUCUGAGAUGAGUGAAUUGUAAAUAGUACAACUAUUUGGGAAACUCAGAAUCCAAGUCUGUGCUGUGGAUUGGCAGCUGUAAUGCAGCAUCUAUAUCAUCAAGGUCAAGGACCUGGUUUUCCUGGCUUUCUUCUAAAUUAUCUAAGUUGGAGAUGUGGAAAUCCAUAUACACUUUUCAUUUUGACUAAGAGAAAUAAGAGGUACUUUGUAAAUGUACAACUGAAAAUGUCAGCCACCAGCUUUCCCCCAAAAGAAAUCAUCCAAAUGUCAACCAACAUUACUGUACAAAUUUAGUGGUGAAAAUGCUUCAGCAAAAACUAUAAUUUUAAAGUCUGAACUUUUCAUUUUAUGAUGAAAUAAAAUACCUAUUUUGAUGGGGGAACCGAUCCAGCCUUCAUGCUACUCUUUCUCCAGGCGGCAGCAACGUGCAGUGGCUAUUUAUGUGGCCAGGAUGGUGUCCUUGAAGGAGUGUGGCAAGGUGACCAUUUCCUCCAAGGUUGAGCGUCCAUCUCCCCCACAUCCCCGUGGCCACUGGCUCGCCUGCUAAUCCUCAGAGGUCAACCAGCGGCUUAGCCUUGGGCACGUUGCCAGGGUUUCAGACAAUGUGCUUGGAGACCGCCCAGGGAACGGGUCCCUCCCUCACAGUCCUGUUUUUGACAACUUAGGGUAUGGUGUCUAGAGAAAUGACUCCUUUAACCAGACAUUGCUGCUGAGUAACCUCAAGGGCUAGGAAGGAUUUUCAGUUUUCCAGGUUAUUUACUAAGUUAAUUCCCAGAGUAAUAUAUAGUGCUGAACUGCCUGUAAAGAUCCUGACACCUAAAGCUCUCCAGUCUGAAAAAUCUGUCCAGUCCACAGUUUCAGUUCUCUAUGGGGCUAAAAUUCCUCCCCUGAUAUCACAGCUCCCUGAAGUUUAUAGAGUCGCAGUGAAGGAAAACAACAGCUUUUUUUUCUUCUUAGUCAUCCUUACUCCUCGCCCCGGUGGGACAGAGCAUAUAAGCUAGUUCUUCCUACCCUGCCCCCAAAUUAACAGGUAAUUAUCUAUGUUCAUCACAUCUUGGGAUUUUUGGGGUUUUUUUUGUUUUUUGUUUUUUGCUGAGGCAGUUGUGGUUAAGUGACUUGCCCAGGGUCACAUAGUUAAGUGUCUGAGGUCACAUUUGAACUCAAGUCCUCCUGACUUCAGGGCUGGUGCUCUAUCCACUGCGCCACCCAGCUGCCCCUCACAUUUUGGUUUUUAAUAACUUAAAAAUUGAGACCCAGGGAGGUCAACUUACUUUCUCAAGAUUAAACAAGGGACCAUCAGGACCACUCAAAUCUCCUGAGCAGAUCACAGAUUGCUUUUUUCCCCUCUACUCAAUGCCAUUUUGGCCUUUUAAUCACAGUGUAAACAAUUUCCCAAUAUUGCUCAAUAUUGUGCAAAAAUCUCUUGUGAUGAGGCCAAAAAAAAACGACCAAACUCCAGCCUCAAGACUAUUGAUUAGCAAGUAUUUCACCUGCAUUUUAUUUCUUCUAGAACUGGCCUAAAUUGACCUCUUUCUCCAUGCCUUAAAGAAAAAGAAAUUCAUUUUGUUUCCACACUAGUGGCCAGUGACAUAUUGUUUCAAUACUUAAGUUAAUUUUCAAUAUUUGGUUCAUAUUUUGACAAAAAACCUACAUUUCAGAAAAGUUAUUCUCUAACUAAAUGGGAUAACACCUAAUUCAAUGAACAACAGUGUCAUUGUGUGUAACCACCCAAAAGGUUUGAGUUCAGUUACACUAUACCAUUUGAAGAAUUUUUAUUUUAUUAUAAUGUGUGCAUAGGUGCAGGCUGAAACUAAUUAUUACUAAGAAGAAUGCAUCUUGCACACACAUAUUGUAGACCUGAGCUAAAUUAUUCAUAAGUAAAUCAUUCCUGAUAUUUCAUAUAUGAGAAACUAUACAUCCUAAUUCUGGAGAAAACCUGCCUGAAUUCCUCAAAUAUCAGAAUUCUAGAGUAUCUUUAAAGAGUAUGUAAUGUAUAUUAAUUAGAAAAAGGUUAACAAAGUGUUACUUAGCUGUGUUCUUUAAUGCUUUUGUUUUAAUGAGUAGUUAAGAAUAAUUUGUAUUUUAGUAGAUCAUAUAAAAGUAGACCCAGUGCUUCUGCAGUGCUUGAUAAGUCUUCUCUUAAGUAUUCAAGUGAUUUCCCAUGAAAUCUUAUUUAUAAACCCUUUCCUAAAGCAGGAAGUAAACUUCAAUCAACAAACUCCUAAUCAGUGGAAUCAAAAUUAAUAGAAAUUUACUGUAUUAAAAUUGUUCCUAUCAUCCAGAGAAAUCUCAAAGGAAAUGAUGUUCAUUAAGGUUUUUCUUUGAACACUUGUUUUCCUGUGUUGACCUAGGUGAACAUAUCUUUCCUUUAGAAAAUGGGACCUUUUCCAGGACGUCAGAAGAGAUUCCUGGUGCCUAAGUUUCUGUGAGAACUGCCCAAAUGUAGCAUCACAAGAGGCAGCUGCAAUUCUAGCCUUCUGUCUAGUUAUUGACCUGAUCUCCAGGCUGGGUCUCAAAAGAAGUAAUUUCCACAUAGUACUCCUGAAGAAAACAGACUUUCUAACAGCCCACAAAACAGUGGGAGAGGAAUACAGGAUUUAUUCUCUCAGUUACAAUUUGAUAUGAGCAAUAAACUUGACCAUUAGUCAUGUGUUUUUCAUUGUUUGGGGCCUAUUUGUUCAUUUAUUUGUUUUUAGUCCUUGGAAAGCAGCACUCACAUUAUCAUAUUAUACAGGAUUUGAUACAGACCCAGAUACAGCACCCAACAUGGUAGCCCAGGGUUUCCUGUUCCUUGGGAAUCCCCUUCAGAGAGCGAAAGUUUUGUUUGUUUAUUUCCUUUUUUUAGUGAUUUAACCAUAAAGCUGACAGAACUGUACAUAUUUGAUGCAAGGCUUUAUUAGCUGCAGAAGGUAUAACAUUAUGUAAGUUCACACUCAUAUAGUGAUGUCUAAAUAUAUAUAACAAUAGGUGCAUAAUGAUCAGGAAAAAGUAAGGUGAGCUGGGGAGAGAAUGUUGGAAAAUUUUUACGUGGCUUGCAAUCACUGAGGAAACCUGUUAUUUUGAGGGAAAUCAGGAGUAUCUUUAUAUGGGGGCUGUGACCUCUAAUGUGGGAGAAGGGAGACGGCAAACCGAGGCAAGGAGAUUCUUGCCAGUAUAUCACCCAUAACUGGUCCCAUUGCCAGCUCCCUCUUUCCCCAGGUCCAAGCUACCGGCCCCAUUUGCAGCCACCCUAUUGGUAGGCGGAAUAGAAAGCCUGUGUUGUGCACUUUGGGGAGUACCCUGAGGUCUCUGCCUGCCAGAGCCUAGAAUUCACACCUCUAGACAUUCGUUUGAAAGGAAGCACUGGCUCCCAAUUUGUUCUUGAAGGGUGACUUGUUAGCAACUGUGAGGUUAUCAAAUCCUCUGCUAUUAAUUAGUAGAACAGGUCAAUGAAAACAGGAGACAGAUACCAAGGAGAUGUUCUGAUGGGCAGAAGUGAUCAAACUGUCACAAAGUCAAAGUGCGAGAUGCUCCCAGAAGGCUGCUGGUUCAAGUGCCAGCCUAGGUGUCCAAACACAGGACGCCCCGGGAGAUGAAGAGAAGAGAACCCCACGCCUCGGCUUUGUCGUGCUACUUCAGGCCAGCCCUCUCCUCGGAGACCCUCCUCACUUUGGUCUUAGACAAGACAGAAGGAAGAGCAGAGGAAAGGGAACUGGCCUAGGUGGGCGGAAGGACUAGCCAGGAGCUGCCCCGGCAGCCACAGGAGUGAGUGACCCCUUACCAUGCAGGACUUUAAGCUCUAGAUGAAGAAAAGUCUAUCAUGGCGAGUGGCGUCUGAAUGACCCCCAUGAGAGCCACCACCCCUCCCCAAAGUGGCCGAGAUCAUUAGGAACCUCAGAGCCAUGGAAAGUGCAGUGUGCCAGGAGACAAGAUGAGAAAGCAACCUUCUGUUCAUCAGUGCCCCUGACGUUCUUCCCGUAACUGCCCCUCUUCCCAACUGUAUAAGCCAGAAAAGGAGACCCGGUGGAGUUGGAUGGAUAGUGGUGCGUAGGACUGAAAAUCCCAAGAACCUAGACUUUUUAGUAUCUAUGUGAUGUUUUACUCUAGAAAAUUAAGAAACCAAUGACACAAUUGAUGUACUUUUCUUUCAUCUUCAGAAUUUUUGCAUCUUUUCAAAAUAUGAAAAAUUACUAUUUUUCUGUUGCAUUCAGCAAGUGUGACUAUAAUUAUCAGAAUUCUUGUAGUCUGUAGAGAGAUCAAUAAACUUGUAUAUGUUUGUA